AUGUCCGACCCAAUCGAUCGUGUAUUUGUGAAAGCAAUCACCACAAUUCGGGCGCUAUCUUCCCGUUCCAACUAUGGCACUUUACCCAGACCUCCAGCAGAAAACAGGGUCAAACUCUAUGGACUCUAUAAACAAGCCACCGAGGGCAACGUGGUAGGAAUUAUGGCCAGACCUCAAGGCCACACGCUCGAGGACGAGGGCGCCAAAAAGAAAUGGGACGCUUGGAAAAGAGAAGAGGGCCUCUCGAGGACAGAGGCCAAGAGACAAUACAUUCUGUAUCUUAUUGAGACCAUGCGGGUGUACGCGAGCGGCACCUCGGAAGCCAGGGAGUUGCUUGGGGAAUUGGAGUAUUUGUGGGACCAAAUCAAGGAUGUGGAGUUUAGUGACGAUGAAGAGCCUGCCAGACGGUUCCAGAGCCCGUUCCAGCAACAGCAGCAGCCAUACGAGCCGGUCAACCGGUUUGUUUCCAAGCUGCCGGAUUUAUCCCAGGUCGACCAGUCAGACAGGCUACUGUCGGGAACCCCUUGGCCCAUCGGCAGCACGUACCUGGCGCUGGUGUCAAAUCAACAGUACCGCAGCAACUUAGAGCAGAUCUACUCGCACCUGACCCGUAAUACCCAGCUUCUGUUGAGCGAGUACGUGCAGCAGCAGCGCAACAAGGGUGCCCAGUCGGUCUACUCCAUGUCCGGACGCCGUGGUAUCGCCAAUGCGGGUUCAGUGGGGAGCACGGGCCGUCAGGAAGGAAACGUGCCAGAAGCAGCGCUUGAGGAUUUCCGCAACUGGCAGGGUGAAAUCAACACCAUCGUCAAUAAGCUUUCGAAGGAGUUUUUGGGGCGUAAGUCAAGCGGCAGAUCCGCCUCGUCUCUGCUGGAACUGGAGCCGGAGCUGGAUCUCGAUCCCAAGGAGCGCAUCAAGCGCCGUGUGGUGCAUGUGCUUCGUCUUGUGGGUGUCCAGGCGUUGCAUUUCUUAAAGAACUUUUCUAUCAGUGUGGUUGCACUUCUCUUCCUUGUGUGGUGCAUCAAGCGCAAUGUGGUUGUGGAGCUGACGCUUGUCAAGCAACAGCUCGACUCCACGCGACGCAAAAAGGAGCUUGUGGUGAACAUGAUCGUCAAUACCGAUGAGAACAAGUGGUUUGUCCGCUUACUCUCCUUCAUCAAUAGCUUCGUCGGCUUCGUCUAG